AUGUCAUUCUCCUUCGCAUUUGACAUCGACGCGGCAGAACUCGACGACGAGCUCGACCUCCCCACCACCCUCGACCAGCUCACCCUCCGGGACGACGCAGGCCCGCCGACGGCUUCGACGAGUGCCGUACCUCACCGAGAGGUCCUUUUGGAGGAACUGGUGUCGACACUCCCGCCGUUGCUCUCGUACACGCCCGUGACCAUCCCACUGAGCGCCAAUGGCUCUCAAACCGCACGCCAUACCACCCUCUUCCGCCGCGACCUCUUUGACGCGCGGUUUCAGGUCCUGAACCAGGACGAGCACGAUGAGGAGGAUGAGGCGCCAAGCAAGGGCAAGGAGCGCGAGGAGGUGUUCGUGGACGAGUCUUCAGACCUCGUCAAGGGCGUCUACGAGGGCGGGCUGAAAACGUGGGAGUGCUCGCUCGACUUGGUCGACUGCCUCGACCAGCGAGGAUAUGCUAUCGACCAGGACCUGAGCACGCCUCGUUUGCGCGGAAAGGGCAUCCUCGAGGUCGGAUGCGGAACGGCUGUCCCGAUUUGCGCUCUCUUCGCUCGCUUGCUGAACGAGAUUGCCAAGAACCCGACUGAAACCGGCGCGCCUCGACCACCAAAGACGCGGAUACACGUGCAGGAUUACAACAAGCAGGUCUUGAGCCUCAUCACCCUUCCGAACAUCCUCCUCACCUUCGCACAACACCUUGCCGCACCCACAACCGCACCCGACGCCGACGAGGAACCUCCCGCCGAGCCCGAAGCAGGCGGCCUCGAGGUCACGCCCGAAUUCCUCGACUCGUUCGACGCGUUCCUCGAACAGGAGAACAUCGACCUGCGGUUCUUUGAUGGCGACUGGGCGGGAAUGGACGACGCGGUGAAGAAGCAGGAGGAAGGCGGCUACGAUCUUGUCUUGACGAGCGAGACGGUCUACUCGCUGUCGUCGCUCGAACCGCUGCUGAACCUCCUCGAAGCGGCGACUCGACGACCGGCAUCCGCGGACACGUCGGAGUCGCUGUGCUUGGUGGCGUGCAAGCGGAUCUACUUCGGUGUCGGAGGCGGCGAGCUCGAGUUCCGGCGAAGGGUCGAAGAGCGAGGCGGGCAGGUCGAGACGGUAUGGGGCGAGGGCGAGGGAAAGGGCAAGACGAGCGGUGUAGGGCGGACAGUUUUGAGCGUCAAGUGGCGGCAAUGA